CACCAUUUUCGCAGUUUCUUUUCUUCUAGGGUUUCCUUCAUUCAUCGCUCCGAAUCGAUCGGAAAGAUCAAAGUCCACCGGAACUCCGACGGAGAUCGAGCUCCUGAAGGAAUCAAAGCCGCAAUGCCGACGUACGAGAUAAGGGGGAUCGAUGUGGAUUUCCCCUUCGAUGCCUACGAUUGCCAGCUCGUUUACAUGGAGAAAGUCAUCCAAUCUCUCCAAGAAAGGUGUAAUGCUUUAUUGGAGAGUCCUACUGGAACUGGAAAGACAUUAUGCCUUCUUUGUGCUACUUUGGCGUGGAGGAAGAGCUUGGGAGGCUUCUCGACUGGUUCUGCUAAAAAGGAAAUAAGUAGUCAGCCAGACUCACUGUCUAAUUCUAAUGUAAAUAAUCUUCCGACCAUAGUGUACACUUCGCGCACUCAUAGUCAGCUGCGUCAAGUGAUUCAAGAACUGAAAAGAAGCAACUACAGGCCUAAGAUGGUGGUCUUAGGUUCUCGAGAGCAAUUAUGCAUCGAUGAUGAGGUUAGUUUGCUUCGAGGAAGAGCACAAAAUAAUGCCUGCCAUUAUGUUUGCAGAAAGGGUGCAAAGCGUCGCUGCAAGCAUUAUUCUCUCGUCACUGACUAUGUGAAGAACAAUCCAUGUCUUGGAGAUGAUCCUAUCGACAUAGAGGACUUGAUUUCUAUUGGAAGAAAAUCUGGGCCGUGUCCUUACUAUAUAUCAAGAGAGCUCCACAAGGCUGUUGAUAUUCUUUUCGCUCCCUACAAUUAUCUGAUUGAUCAAAGCUACAGGAAGUCGUUGUCCCUUGACUGGAACAAUAGUAUACUCAUUUUUGAUGAAGCACACAACUUGGAAAGCUUAUGUGCAGAUGCUGCCUCAUUUGAUCUGCCUUCUGGACUUCUGACAGCUUGCAUUUCUGAAGCCAAAAGUUGCGUUGAUCUCUCCGUUGAUAGAAGAGAUAAAUCAAAUGAUAAAUCUCGUAACCCGGACAAUUUUGCUAUUCUUAGAGCAUUACUUCUGAAGCUUGAAAAGAGAAUUGCUGAAGUACCUGUUGAAUCCAAGGAAUUUGGUUUUACCAAACCUGGACCUUACAUCUAUGAAUUAUUUUCUGAACUAAACAUCACUCAUGAAACUGCCUCUAUGCUCACUGGAAUAAUUGAGGAGGCUUCUGUGCUUCUUGAGGAAUCCAAGGAACUGGAAGCAAAGGGUGGCAUUUGCAGGCUUGAAACUAUGGGUGAAAUUCUUAAGCUGAUCUUCAAAGAAAGGGAAAAUGCUCAUUCGAAUUUUUAUCGUCUUCAUGUGCAGGAACUUGACGCUCAUCCUUCAUAUGGUUUAAAAGGCAAGGCAUCAAGGACUCUCAGCUGGUGGUGUUUCAAUCCUGGAUUAGCAAUGAAAGAGUUUUCAAAGAUGGGAGUUGGUUCUAUUAUAUUGACCUCUGGCACAUUGUCUCCCAUGGAUUCAUUUGCUCAAGAACUUAAUCUAGAUUUUCCUGUGCGGCUGGAAAAUCCUCAUGUCAUAUCUUCGAAUCAGAUAUGGGCUGGAGUGGUAGCAGCUGGUCCAUCUGGCUGCUUAUUUAAUUCCUCUUAUCGAAAUCGGGAUUCCUUAGAAUACAAGCAAGAGCUUGGCAAUGCUAUUGUCAAUUUCGCUCGAAUAGUGCCGGAUGGACUGCUUGUAUUUUUCCCUUCUUACUACAUUUUGGAUCAAUGUAUUCAGUGCUGGAAGAAUAUGGCUCAUCCCAAUUCAGUGGACUCUAACACCAUAUGGGAAAGGAUUUGUAAAUAUAAAAAGCCCGUUGUGGAACCUCGACAGUCGUCACUCUUUCCUUUAGCCAUUGAGGACUACAUGUCUAAGCUCAAUGAUACCUCAAACUCAGGUGCAAUAUUCUUUUCAGUUUGUCGUGGCAAGGUAAGUGAAGGAUUAGAUUUUGCAGACAAUGCUGGCAGAGCUGUUGUAGUCACAGGCUUGCCAUUUGCCACUAGGACUGAUCCAAAGGUUCGUCUGAAACGAGAGUACUUGGAUGAGUUGGCACGCUUGCAGAAGGAAAGGAGGAUUCUUACUGGAGAUGAAUGGUAUAACCAACAAGCAUUGCGAGCUGUUAACCAGGCUGUAGGACGUGUUAUUCGUCAUCGUGAUGAUUAUGGAGCAAUAAUCAUGUUGGAUGAAAGAUUUGCACAGCCGAAUCGUCAGUCCCAAAUAUCACGUUGGAUACAGCCUCAUAUUAAGUGUUACUCUAAGUUUGGAGAAGUAGUUUAUCAUUUGACCCGUUUUUUCCGAGAUGGAGGGAACCGUGUCCCUGCAAAGCCAAAGAUAUUGCAACAUAAAAACAGUGGAGAUACAAAAACUGCGGAACCUAUACCCAUUUGUCAAACUCCUCCGGCUUUGCCAACAGAUGAUGAUGGCAAUGUACAUCCGGUAUCUUUAGCUUGUGAAAUGAAAAGAACCACCAACUCAAGCCAGUUGAGAGAAGUUAUUCCUGCCAAUCGCUCUUCUUUUACUCUGUCGAAAAAGUUCCUGGGAUCAAUAGGGAGUUCUUCAGGGAAUUAUACCGGUGAUGGACAGAAGUUACUAAUGUCGGGGAGGGGUAAUAUGCAGCAGAAAAGUGAAAUAGUAGAUUUAACUGCUGAUUCCCUAGUUGAUGAGAAACCAUAUAAAGGACUAACAGCACCGUGCUUUACAAAGAAGCGCAAAAUAUCUCCCCUAAUGGACUGUGUUAUGCUUGAUGCUGGAAAUAGCAGUCAGUUUGCCAGUGGUGCCAAAUGUUCGCAAUCAGAGUGCCGCUCUUCAUGCGUAAAUUUAGUGGAAUUGGACAAUUCAUCUACUUCUGAUAGUAGCAGCAGAAAACAAGGCCAAGCUGGUUCGAUUUCUCUUCCUCAAGAUGAUGAGACUAUUCCAAGAAUCGAUGCUAAUUCUCUCUCAGAGGGAUACAAAGGUGUCCAAAAUGCUACUGCACCUGGCAAAGAUGAGGAAGAUAAAGGAUCUGCUUUUCUGUUGCAGGUUCAGGAGAAACUUAGUGCUUCAGAAUAUAAAGAAUUCGUUGGGUUUAUGAAGGCACUGAAGUCUAAAGCAAUGAAAAUAAGUUACGUUCUUCAGUCGAUUGCAAGACUGUUCUCUGGACCAGAAAGGCUUCAGGUUUCUAAAAGAUUUAAGGAUUUUAUCCCCAUGAAGUAUCACUCUCUGUAUGAGAAGUAUCUUGGAGCAAAUGAUGGCAUCACAGAUGGUUGAAUUUCAGGCAAAGUUGAUGGUUCGUUGCUGGGGACAAUGAGUUUUCACUUGAUGAACCUUGGACUGUACUUAACAACCGAGUCAUAAUACUAUUCUUUUGAUGGAAGACACAAGCAAAGGCAAUCUUACAAUUUUCCAGCCCCCCCGUGCCACAUGUUUUGGUUCAAUACAGAUGGCGUAACCCAAGGAUGAUGGAGAUUUAAGCAGAGGGCUGCAUGUCAAUCGGCUCUGCAGUUUCGUAUCAGUAGCGUUUGUGUUGAAAUCGUUUGGAUGCUGAAGCUAUCAGGCACUGCUAUAACUUGACCACUGAAAGAGUUCAUUCUCUUCCCAGAUCAAAUGAAACCCUGUCUUCCAUCGUCCUUGUAAUUUAACAUGCUGCGAGUUUAUCGGGAGUAGUCCCUUGUUUUCAUGGUCUUGUAUAGAUGGAAAUUUUAUAAGUCUAGUGGAAAUAGAUGCUCCCUCUGA